AUGGUCUCCCUAAAGACCCUUUUCUCCACCGGCUUGCUGCUGGCUGACUUCGCCACAGCUCAUCCUGGCGAAAAGCAUGACCAUGAGCACAUCAAGAGACAGAUUCAGGCUCGAGACGCUGUGGCCAAUCUAGGUCAGAGAUCGUUGAAUGCAUGCUCUGGUACUGAGCAUGCGAAUGCCCUCAAGGCUCGAUCCAUUUCGCGUCGCGCCCAAAAGGUGCAAGAGCUCCGAAAGAGACUCGGUAUCAAGACUUCUCUCAGAAAACACCGCCGCGAUGAGGAAGACAUUGUUGCUUGGGAAGCCAUAAAUCACAACAAGACUGGCAUUUCCAACAACGAUAUGUUUUCUCCCCUGGAGACAAUCUUUGGCGCCAACUCCAGCUGUAUCCUGUCCCCCGAGGUGACUGCCGGCCCAUACUAUAUCCUCGGCGAGUAUUUGCGAUCCAACGUUAUCGAGAAUGAACACUGUGAUGGAGUCCCCCUAUUCCUGGAAGUACAAUAUGUCGAUGUUUCUACUUGUGGAGGAGUUCCCAACCUGGCCACCGAUGUCUGGAACUGUAAUGCUACAGGUGUUUACUCUGGCGUAAGCUCCCAGGCUGGGCUCAAUACUACGUUCCUUCGUGGCAUUCAGAUCAGCGACCACGAUGGUGUGGUUCAGUUCGAGACUAUCUUCCCUGGACACUAUGAAGGCCGGGCCACGCACACCCAUCUCCUCACACACGCCAAUGCAUCGGUUUCUUCCAACGGUACCAUCCAAGUCUGGAACAGUCCCGUUUCUCACAUCGGACAGCUCUUCUGGCCCGAGGACCUGCGCGAAGAGGUUGAGGCUCUUGCACCCUACAACACCAACACUGUUGAGGUGACCACGAACGAAGAGGAUAUGUGGUCGAUUAUUCAGGCUGAUGAAUCUUAUGAUCCUUUCCCUCAAUACGUCUAUCUUGGUGAUACCGUCGACCAGGGAAUCUUUGCCUGGAUUCAAAUUGGCAUCAACACUACUGCAGACCACGCUUCAGAUGAUUAUUAUGCGGUUGCUGGAUAUUUGGAUAACGAGGGUGGUCAUGCCCUGGAUAGCGGCAUUGGCGGUGGUCAAGGAGGUGGAGCUCCCGGCGGUAGUGGAACUACCCCUUCAGGCCAGCCUACUCCUACCCCAUCGUCCUAG